AUGGACUCUGGCGGCGGCGCCUCCCUCCCCUCUUCCUGCCCCGACGCGCGGAAGCGGCGCGUUUCCUACUUCUACGAGCCAACUGUCGGCGAUUUUUACUACGGCCAGGGCCACCCGAUGAAGCCUCAUCGUAUCCGUAUGGCGCACAAUCUGGUCGUCAGCUACUCUCUCCACCGGCGCAUGGACAUAUGCCGCCCGUUCCCCGCCGAUCCCGAGGUCAUACGCCUCUUCCACUCGCCGGACUACGUCGACUUCCUCGCGUCCGUAACCCCCGAGACGCUCAACGACGAGCCGCACUCACGCCACCUAAAGCGGUUCAAUGUCGGCGCGGAUUGCCCUGUUUUCGACGGGCUAUUCGGCUUCUGCCAGGCCUCCGCCGGCGGAUCCAUCGGCGCCGCCGUCAAGCUCAACAGGCAGGACGCCGAUAUUGCCAUCAAUUGGGCCGGGGGUUUGCAUCACGCGAAGAAGGGGGAGGCCUCUGGGUUUUGCUAUGUUAACGACAUCGUGCUGGGGAUUCUCGAGCUGCUGAAGGUUCACAGGCGUGUACUCUACAUAGACAUUGAUGUUCACCAUGGGGAUGGUGUUGAGGAAGCCUUCUAUACCACAGACCGAGUGAUGACAGUCUCUUUUCAUAAAUUUGGCGAUUUUUUCCCUGGUACUGGACACAUCAAGGACAUUGGGGUUGCUGAGGGGAAAUACUAUUCGCUUAAUGUCCCGUUGAGUGAUGGGUUGAGUGAUAGCAAUUUCAGGGGCUUAUUUCAUCCCAUCAUCCAGAAAGUCAUGGAGGUUUACCAACCGGAGGCAGUUGUGCUCCAGUGUGGUGCGGACUCGUUGGCCGGUGAUCGGCUGGGUUGCUUUAAUCUGUCCGUGAAAGGCCAUGCGGAAUGCCUCAGAUUCAUGAGGUCGUUUAAUGUACCUCUUAUGGUUUUAGGUGGAGGAGGGUAUACGCUCAGGAAUGUUGCCCGGUGCUGGUGUUAUGAGACUGCUGUUGCAGUUGAUGUGGAGCCAGAUAACAAGUUGCCGUACACCGAGUAUUUCGAAUAUUUUGGCCCAGACUAUACUAUGCACAUUGAACCUAGUAAUAUGCCGAAUCUGAAUAAGAAGAAAGAUCUGGACAACAUCAGAAAUAUGCUGCUCGAUCAACUCUCUAAGCUGCAGCACGUCCCGAGUGUACAGUUCCAGGCGGCACCUCCAGUGACAGAAGUUCCGGAGGAGAUAGAUGAUAAUAUGGAAUGGAGGGCCAAACCACAGAUGUGGAAUGGUGAGAUGGACGAUGAGUCUGAAUCUGAGUGUAUAGAUUGA